CUCAUGCUACGCAAUAUACGGAGCCAGGACCACCGCAACACGAACCAGAAUGAGCAAUACAGGAGGAAAAGCAUCCACUUUCAAGCGCGCCUCGAGAUCCAAGGGGCCCAACAAGGGUCAGGCCAAGACAAAGAUCGUCGUCCGCCGGCUUCCCGCUAACCUUCCGGAGCAAGUCUUUAUUGAUUCCAUCAGUCCCCUGGUUCCAGAGACCUCACUGGAACGACCAACCACAUGGGUUAACGGCAAAUCCAGUCAAAGGAAAUACUUUUGCGCGAGCGUAUAUCUACUUUAAAAACGAGAAGCUGGCGCUGGAAUUCCAAAAGACCUAUCAUGGACACACAUUUGUGGACAGAAACGGGAACGAAGGCAGAGCUUUUGUGGAGUUUGCAGCGUUCCAAAAGAUA